AUGCCCAAUAUUUCCAACCCAAAUUUUUCAACCAUUGUCGUCCAAGUUGAGGGUGUGAUUAUGAAUUUACCUCACUCGGCCAUUAAAGCAAUUCCUGUUCUCCUUCCAUCCCUCAAACGACUGCAAUCUACUUCUGCUUGGAUGCGCUAUCAGUGCAACGAGAUAGAAGAGCAGCAAUGCUAUGAACUGCUCGGCAAGCAAUUUGGUUUCGAUGCUUCUGAACUUAGUGGUGCUAUCUCCACGAUUAGGGAGAUGAUUGAAUAUGAUAAGAACCUGGUGUCCGAAAUCCAUCAGAUAAAAAGUGAUACAGGGGGUCUUUUAAACAUGCUAGCCGUUUGGAAUAUUGCAAAACCUGACCACGAUUAUAUUUUCGAGCGAUGGGGAAGUGAAUUUCUGGACGACUUUGAUAAUAUCUUCACUUCGUUCGCAGCUGGUGCACGAAUGCCUCAUAUUGGGUUCUACCAUCAAUUUUUGACGUCCACCAAGACAGAUCCAACUAAAGCAGUGUUUGUCGGAAGCGAUAUUCGAGAUAUUGUCGCGGCUCGUUCAUUGGGCAUGCGCGGAAUUAUGUUCAACGGUUCCCAGGAGCUAUCGCGCACUCUGUUGAACAUUAUCAGUGACCCAGUGACUCGAGGGAAUGCAUUCAUCCAACGUAAUGCCAAGAAUUUGCAACCUUUUACGGACUGUGGCACGCCUCUUUUGGAUAAUUACGUGCAGCUUCUAAUUUUGGAAGUUACAGGCGAUGAGGAACUCGUAGUAUACAAGAAGCCAGAAUAUGCAAAGGGACUUUCUUGGAACUACUAUAUAGAGCAGCCAAAAUUCACCAACAUGAACCCACCCAAUGACUUGGAUACUACAUCCCUAGCGCUGCAAUUGGUACCACAGAAAGACACACAGGUGCAUAUGUUACUUGAUGAAAUGCUUGAAUAUCUCAGCCCUGAUGGGCUCAUUCAGGUAUAUUUCGAUCACGAGAGACCACGUGUGGAUCCAGUCGCCUGCGUGAACAUUUUGCUGGCAUUUCAUAUUCAUCGGCGUGGGCAUGAGCUUCAAAAAACUGUUGACUGGAUUUACCAGAUUCUUUUGAAUAGAGCAUACGUCGACGGGACGUAUUACUAUCAGACUGCAGAAUGGUUUCUCUUUUAUGUCUCACGACUCCUAAAGCAGACCUAUGAUGCAAAACUUAAGAAAGAGUUUGCCCCCCUUCUUAAAGAAAGAAUUUACGAGCGUAUUGGGGCCCCCGGUGACAGCCUCGUUCUGGGAAUGAGAUUGAGCGUAUGCCACGCAAUGGGGGUUGCCAACUACCAAGACAUGGAGAAGCUGACUGAAAUGCAAUGCAAAGACGGCGGAUGGGAGCCUGGCUAUCUUUACUCUAUCCCUAUAGUUGGAAAGCAUAUCUUCGAUCGUGGUUUCACUACGGCUCUUGCCAUACAGGUUAUUGAGGAAAGUCGGCUCACUCACUGA